AUGGCUUCUAGGAGCUCAAUACCUCCCCCAAACCUCCUACAUAUAUUUGAUACAUUGUCCUCCCUAGUUGAAGCAAUACUACCCAGUGACCAUAGCUAUUUGCCCUUCGGCGGAGGACCACGGAAAUGCGUAGGUGACAUCUUUGCUUCAUUUGAGGCUGUAGUGGCUGUUGCCAUGCUUGUUCGGAGAUUUAACUUUCAAGUGGCACUUGGAGCACCUCCAGUUGGAAUGACAACAGGAGCAACAAUUCACACAACAGAAGGGUUGAAGAUGACAGUCACCCGACGAACAAGACCUCCCAUAAUGCCAAAGCUAGAGAAGACAGUGUUUGAAGUGGAUAAAUCUGCUAGUGUUCCCGAAGGAGACACCCAGCUUGGUCCAAAAAGUGAAGUUUAUCCUGCCCGUUCCUGA